GCCUGCUCGCAGCCCAGCGACCUCUCCGACGAUGCUACAUUUAAAAGUGCAGUUUUUGGAUGAUUCCCAGAAGAUUUUUGUGGUUGAUCAAAAGUCAUCCGGAAAAGCUCUGUUCAACCUGAGUUGCAGCCACCUUAAUCUUUCUGAAAAGGAAUAUUUUGGAUUAGAAUUCUGCAGCCACUCUGGAAAUAAUGUUUGGUUGGAACUUCUGAAGCCCAUAACAAAGCAAGUAAAAAAUCCUAAGGAGGUUGUUUUCAAAUUUAUGGUGAAAUUUUUCCCAGUGGACCCUGGACAUCUUCGGGAAGAACUUACAAGGUAUCUUUUCACUCUUCAAAUAAAGGAAGAUUUGGCUAUGGGAAGGCUUCCAUGCAGUGACAAUUGUACCGCAUUAAUGGUGUCUCACAUCUUACAAUCAGAAUUAGGAGACUUUCAUGGAGAAACAGUUAAGAAACACCUGGCACAAACGCGGUAUUUACCAAGCCAAGACUGUUUAGAGAGCAAGAUCAUGAACUUUCACCAGCAGCACACUGGCCGGAGCCCUGCUGAAUCCGAUAUUCUACUACUGGACAUAGCGAGGAAGCUGGACAUGUAUGGCAUCAGGCCUCAGCCGGCCAGUGAUGGCGAAGGAAUGCAGAUCCACCUGGCUGUUGCCCACAUGGGAGUGCUGGUGUUACGGGGAAAUACAAAGAUCAAUACUUUCAACUGGGCUAAGAUCCGCAAGUUGAGUUUUAAGAGAAAGCAUUUUCUCAUCAAACUUCAUGCUAAUAUUUUGGUGUUGUGCAAAGACACUUUGGAGUUCACCAUGGCUAGCCGAGACGCCUGCAAGGCUUUCUGGAAGACUUGUGUGGAGUACCAUGCUUUCUUCAGGCUUUCUGAAGAGCCCAAAUCAAAGCCCAAAACUCUUCUGUGCAGCAAGGGUUCCAGUUUCCGCUACAGUGGGAGAACUCAAAGGCAACUUUUGGAAUAUGGGAAAAAGGGGAGGUUGAAGAGCUUGCCAUUUGAAAGGAAGCAUUACCCAUCUCAGUAUCAUGAGAGACAGUGCAGGUCGUCACCAGACAUACUGUCUGACGUGUCAAAACAAGUGGAAGAUUUGAGACUCACAUAUGGCAGUGGGUACUACCGAAAUGUGAAUGGAGUUCACAUAUCUGAGCCGGUGUUAGACAGUAGGAGGAGGAACUCAGCAGUGGAGGUGACAUUUGCAGCUGAGCUCGAGCGUUCCAAACCAGAGGCUGAUCCCACAUCAUUACAUCAGUCCCAAAGCAGUUCCUCUUUCCCCUUCAUUUAUGCAGACCCAGUCUUUAACACUGACCCUGAUCCCACAGACUUCUUUGAGGAGCGUAGUCCUCUAAGCUCCUUCCAAACAAGCUCUAAGUUCUCUGACAAUCACAUAAGCACAUCGUCUGGCUUCACACGCAAAGUGAGUCCAGCAAGGCAGCUAACCUAUACCGAUGUGCCUUACAUUCCUUGUACUAGUCAGCAGGUUGACAUUAUGCCUCCUCAGGUCUUUUUUUAUGUGGACAAGCCACCCCAGGUGCCCAGAAUGUCUCCAAUAAUGGCGGAGGAAAGGGCGAGACCAGACAGCUUCAUAGAGCCUGGUGGGAUCAAGCCACCCAGAAGAAGCCCACGGAGUACCCGGAUGAAGAGCUUACAGCAAGACCUUCAUGAUCUCCAAGAAGCUAUGGCCAGAGCUAGUGGUAGAAGCAAUGUCAAUAUAGAUCUUGAAGAAGGAGAUCCAGGUUUAGAUGAUGCAUUUGCAUAUAAUAUUGAAGAGCAAAUUCCUACACGGUCCCAGAGCCAAUCAGACAUGAAAACUAUCCGUUUUCCUUUUGGGUCAGAAUUCAGGCCUUUAGGGCCUUGUCCUGCUCUGAGCAGGAAAGCAGAUCUGUUGACAUGUAUGUUUGCAGAGCAGGAAUUCCCAGCAGUUCUAGUGGAUCAGAGCACAGCAGAAAGGUAUGUGACAAGUGAAUCCAGUGAUUCAGACCCAGAGAUUCUAAAACCAGACUACUACUCUUUGUAUGGCAAAGGAGGAAAGUCGCCCAUGGCCCGAAUCCGCUUGUCUUCUGGUAGUCUACAGCUAGACGAGGAAGAUGAAGGUGCCCCUUCCACUAUCCCGGUUACCGAAGAUAGGACUUUGCUAAAACCAUGCAAUUACUUUUUAGCUUAAACACAUGAACUCUGUGAACAUUCCGGGGCCAGUUCCAGGUUAUCAGCUUAAGUAAGAAAUAGGGACCUUCCGUUAACUCUUUUCUUAGUCACCCUUGAUUGAUGUUAUGGGAAUUUUUUCACGUUGGGUACGUAGCUCAUGAAAGAUCCAAUGAAAGAUCAUUCCCUGAGCUUUAUUCAUCUAUUUCCUCAGAGCAGACUCUGGGACAUGCCUUAUCCUUCCCAGCACUCUGGCAGGUUGAAGGGAGUAUUUGUUAUCACCAGUACACAUUUGCUCAUACAGACGUUAUAUAUGAGGAUGUCAAUUUUUAUAGAUGUGGAGUAUGAUCCUCCUACAACUGCAAGACCAAGAAAGUGGAAUAGAGCCUCUCACCAGAACACAUUUUGAAUUAAUAAUAAUUUGGCAGAAUUUUAAUCGCCGGAUAUUCAUGGAUUGAUUGGACCAAGGUAUACAACCAGAUAUAUGCCUGAGAAGGAUAGUAUGAUGUCUGACUCAUAACUUCUCAAUUGUUAACUAUUUAUUACAAGUAGUAAGAUAAAAGUUAACAGGUCCAUUUAUCAAAUCUCUCCUGACAAAAUUUAUUUUUGCCAUAUCUUUGUUGCAUGUGUGUAAGUAAAGAAAU